UUGUUGACGAUCCGACCCAAGCAUGGAAUCGGACCCUCCAAUGAAUUCGUCCCCGUCUGAAGCAACCGGUGCAGAUGCUUCGGGUUCCAACGUUAAGAUUCGGCUCGUCGCACUUUCCGGGAUUCCGGAAGACACCGAAAUGCCCUUCAUAGACAUGCCGCCCGCGAGUAUUCUCUGCGCUCAGUGUUCGUGCCUGGGUCCUUCUCUGUGGAGGUUUCCCUGUGGACACGGCUUCUGCGCUCCGUGCUUCGAGCGCACUAUGCCCUCCGAAGCAGACAAAACGAUUUGUCCCAUCGACCAGCAAUCCAUCUCGCGAAUGACGGUGUUCCAAGAUUCAUCGAUCCAAGAGUUAGCGUUUCCGCUGCGCUCUCUGUGUCCUCACGAGUGCGGCGAAACUAUUCGACUCUGUACGCUUCCUGUCCACCUACAGUAUUGUGACAAGCUUCAGGACAAGUUGGCCAUUAAAAGAUGCUUUCUACGAGGAAUGGGCUGCACCUACGAAGCGAACAACGAGGAAGAGCUGACGGCGCACGAGACUGAUUUGAAACUCCAUCGGGGCAUGAUCAGCCUGAAGGUCCAGGAACUGAACCAUGUGGACGUUUUGCGCAACCAGGUCAACGAAGCGUUGGCGUCGCUCGUUGAGGCCACACAGAAUCAACGUGACCUCACAAAUCGCAUUGCGCUUCUCGAGGGCCGUCUGGAAGAAAUGCAGACAGAAAGGCGCGAACAGACGAGAUCUUCAUCUCUGCCCGACGUGAUGGCGCCGCCGCCUGCUGCUCAGCCGACAUUCUCUCUGCAACUCGGUCCCAUGUCGAUCACGACAUUUGGCAGUGAGCAUCACUUACCCUCACUCGGAGCGACAUCAACCUCGCGAGGAGCUCAGGAGCUCAUUUGUCCGGAUGGGAUUUUCCAGUGGAAACUGUCGCAGUUUUCAAGAGCGAAAUUCAAGGAAAGGCACUCCCCGAAGAAAUACACGAGCUCUCCCUCUUUUUACGCCGGAAAUCCAGGAUACCAUUUCAAACUUCGUCUGCAUCUUAACGGGAUCGGCAGUGCGGGCCGCGGAAAGUAUCUGGGGGUCGGAAUUGUUUUGCUCAAGGGACAGUUUGAUGCAUCGCUACCCUUCCCUAUCCACAAUCCCAUCACGGUCACGUUGAUCGAUCAGAGCAGCAAAUGUCCGGAAAAUGUGGAGUACAGGCUCGGAGACCCCAGUAUCAAUAGACCCAAAAGCGAUUAUGUCGUGCCGUACAUAUGGCAUGAGUUCAUCUCUUUCGAAGACCUCGAGGGACCAAGGUUCAUGGUCAAUGACACCAUCAUCUUCAGAAUUCAGGUAUCGCCAAUUCAAAACGGUCAGCAACCAGCUCAAGCUCAAGGUCAAGCGGCGCUGUAUCCAAGCUUGGGAUGAGACGAUCUAUGAGAGGAAAAUGCUCAGAUCACUCCGAUGGCUUUUAAAUUCCUUCCUCCUGUUACACCUUCAAUGUAUAAAACUCAAUUCUUGUGAGAACCAUAUAAAUUCCAUCU